AUGGGGGCGUUUCAGAAUCAGUACAAGAGCCAGCGGGCGAGCGAGCUAUGGCCGGAUGAUUUGGGGGGAAAAGGUCUGAGCUUUUCGAGGGGGGUUUGGAGGGUUCUGCAAGAGGUGCUUUGCAUUUUGGGCGCAAGGUUUUGCAUUUCCAGGAGAAAGGAUCGUAAAUGGUGGGGAUGUGGGUUCUCAAGGGUUACUGAGAGACGAUGCUGGGUGUUAUUGCUAAACCUUAUGCCCAACCUGAUCACAUUAAUUGUUGAGUUUGCACUUCGUGACCUUUCUAGAGGAAAGGAUUGCAUAUUUCAGGCUCUCAUUAAUCCUGAACGGGAUGUCCCCAAAUACGCUUCCAAGCUCAAUAACAUUACCACUGAAUUGGUCUGCAGGCCUGAUGUCCCAAGGUUCAGUGAUGUUCUUCCAAUACUACUAGCAUAUUUUCGAAGUCGCCAAGCUCCUGGCAAGCCAGUUCUGUGGAUUGCUCAUAAUGCAAAAGCCCAGGUUCCUUCAGAUUGGCUAUUUGUCGACAGUCUUCAUUUAGCGAGAAAGUUGAAGAAAAUAGAUGGGAAGAAAAAUCUUGUGAACUUGGUACUGGAAAAACGCUAUGGCAUCAGUUCGGAAGGCCCGUCUCAUAGAGCAAUGCCAGAUGUGGAAGCAGUAUGCAACAUUCUCCCAAAAAUCACUCUGGAUUUAAAAUUGACAUGUGACGAUCUAAUGAAUGAGGCUAUGAGAUUUAGUGAUGUCAGAAAGGUUUCUUGA